ACAAGCUAUAUAACGCCCUACACGGACUCGCAUUCAACCAUCAAGAUGUUUUGGGAAGUCUUUCACGCUCUAGACGAUGACCAGAAAAGAAAGUUUCUAGUGUUUGUGGCGGGGUCUGAUCGCGUACCGAUCGGUGGAUUGCAGAACCUCAGCCUCACCAUCGUUGAACUCCCGAUCCCCAGAGACCGUGCCGUCGACGAUCACGACGACGAGGCGUCUAGCGAAGACAGGUUGUCGAGAUUGUGUCCAGUGGCCCACUGCUGCGAUAACGACGACUAUGACCGCACACUGAAACUUCCUAUGUACACGAGUAAAGAGGUCGUCAAGGAUCGCUUGAUGUUUAUUCUGUCUUUCUACAACUGCCCAUUUCAUAUUGCCUAGCAGUGACGAAUACAGAUGAUGGAGGAUUGGAGGGAGAGACUGUUUGAGCGAAACCCUGAAACCAAUCCCCAACUGGAAACUGGUGGUCCCUGUAUUAACCCAACUGAAAUUAGGGAAUAAUGC